GCCACAGCCAUUUCACACAGACACACGCACGUCUGAUCCUGAACGCCGACACACUCCCGCUGAAUAUUUCUCAGGAUUAUUCUGCGUCCUGAUGACCUCUGACCGUCCCUGAUGGACCCAGCCACUCCUCCAAACAUCCACGAUGAUCGAACACAUCCCGGGUCUCCCGGGCUCCAGGAAGCUCAUGAUUCCUCCGGACAGAGAGAAGCCACGACAUUACCCAGCGUUCCUGCAUACGACUCGGUCAGCAUCCUCACCGCCGGCCCGGCGAAUGACACGGACAGCAUCCAAACGGCCCAUCACGCAUACGACACCGACAGCAACCGGACCCUGAACCCGGGGUUCGACUCGGACAGCACCCACACCCUCCACCCGCAGUACACGGGUCCCGCAGGAGGCACCGGCCCGACCAGCAGCGUCCCACCCAACCCUCCUCCAUACAGCCCACCGGAUCCUAAAACAGCCUGCCUCAUGUACCCACAGUACCCCAACCAGCCCGUCAUCGCCUGUCAACCUGGAGCCAAUCCUGCUUUCUACCAGCCCUCCUUCCUCCCGCCACCCACCUACACUAUAUACAUGAACGGGCCGCCACUGGGAGAUGAGCAGUCGCCGUUACCUAAAGAUUAUCUGGUUGAGUCUCUGCUGGUGACCAUCUUCUGCUGUAUCAUGAGCGGCCUCGUCGCUGUCAUGUACUCAUAUGAAACCCGUGCGGCGCUGACCAGGGGUGACAUCCGUGAAGCUGAGAAAACAUCCCAGAAGGCUCGUCUGCUUGUCAUGUUCAGUUUGAUGUUCGGCACAUUUGUUUUUGUGGGCUGGAUUAUUUAUGUAGUGAUAGUGCUCUGUGCAUAGAAACUUUCUUCUGCAUUUAUUUGAUCAAAAAUACAGUAAA